GUGGCGUUGCUGAUGACGUCGAUCAGGGACCCGGGCAUCGUGCCGAGGAACUCACGGCCGCCGGAGGCAGAGGAGUCGUCGUUCAAUGGGGCGGCGGCGACGCCGUCGAUGGAGUGGACGGGGAGGACGCCGCGGAUGAGGCUGCCAAGGACGAAGGACGUGAUGGUGGACGGGUUCGCGGUGAAGGUGAAGUAUUGCGAGACGUGCAUGGUCUACCGGCCGCCCCGCGCGUCGCACUGCGCCAUCUGCAACAACUGCGUGCAGAAGUUCGAUCACCACUGUCCCUGGCUCGGCCAGUGCAUUGGCUUGAGAAACUAUCGGUUCUUCUUGUUAUUCAUAGGGACUUCAACAUUUCUAUGCGUCUUCGUCUUCGUCUUUUCUUGGCUGAACAUAUUCAUGGAGAAAAGUCAUUAUCACGGAUCAAUCAUCAAGACCAUGAAAGCCCAGCUCCUCUCUCUGGUGCUCAUGCUCUACACCUUCGUCCUCUUCUGGUUUGUUGGCGGCCUCACUGCUUUCCACCUCUACCUGAUCGCCACAAAUCAGACGACUUACGAGAACUUCCGAUACCGCUACGACAAGAAAGAGAACCCUUACAACAGAGGCUACUUGAGAAACCUCAGGGAUGUGUUUUCGUCGAAGAUACCUCCUUCCAUGCAUGAUUUCCGGUCGUGGGUGCUCGAAGAGACUCCGCCUUCUACUCCAAACAUCAGAGUGGUCGAUGUCAUAAGCCGAGCAGAGAUGGGCAGUGAAGAACCAGUGACUGAUGCCAUUCCGCCCUUGCUACGGAAUUUAGAUUAUAACAGGAUUGAGGAGGGUGAGGAUGUCAAAGCCAGGCAUGAAGCUGAUUCUUCUGACGUCCUUGAUUAUCCUGUCGCCCACAGUCCUCGUUCCUCCAUUGAUUCUCUGCAAAGCUAUAGAGGAGAUAAUGGAGGUUCCGCAGAAGAAACAGCAGGUGAAGAAGUUGAUGAAAGUGAAAAUUAUAGCAAGGAGUACUCGAUUGCAGCACACACAAACGAAGGUCUAGCUGAAGAGUUUCAAUCCAAGGUAGCUUUUGCAGAACGAGAUAAAAUCUAAGUGAGAUUGAAGGUCUAACUGUGUAGUAGAUUUCUACUAAAUACUCAUCUAGAGAUGUGCUUGUGUACAAUUCUGCACUGUAGUUUCUGUUG